CAAAUCCCACUCCAGUAGUAUCAGAACUGGGGCAUCGCUUGGGAACCAAUGCAAAUAGCAGCGCCUCUUCACUUUCAAGAGGCACAUCUCGCAAGAGCCACACAAUCACACAAUAUGGAACACUUCAUGCCAGAAAUGGUAUUGUAAACAUGAAACUUUUCCAUGCAAUCAAGUGAAGGAAGCAGCAGAAAAAGGAGGAGUUUUGGGGCGAGAGCAGCGGGAAGCCACUUGGGUCCGAUGGAGGCUGUGCCGUGACCGUGAAGAGGAUUUUAUGAGGCGGGGUGUUGUUGGUUUCAGGGCUAACAGCGCUAAGGUUCGACUAUGGCUGCCGAGGUUGGCUUGAUUGCGUCGCUGCCGUGAACUAGGGUGAAUACUUACCAAACGUCUUUUUUUUUGGUUUAAUCUCUUCUUUGAAAUCGCGUUGGAAUAACAACAAACAUUUGCAUUGAGCUAGCUCUGUGGUCACAAUGGAGUUGCAUACUUGUAUUGGCUGUAAAUCUUGACUAAAAUAUCCAGCAGGCAUUUUAAUCUGUCGCCUGUGAUUUUUAGAAACUUUUCUUUUCUUUUCAGUAAUCCCAUAUAGCUUCUGGUUGGUUUUCUAUUUGUUAUAAGUGAAUUGUUUGCUUUUGCAAUAGCUUGUACGCAAUGGACACGUUUUUACUUUCAAGAGCCUUCCAAGGUUCUCUAGAGGUUUAUCUGUUUCCAGUUUAUUUAUCACAAGGAAGUGCAUCAAUCUUCAGGAGGGUGUGCUGUAGAUUGCAGUUCUACACCACUCCCUUGCCUCUUUCAUCAGUGCGAGAAGGUGUGCGCCUUUCGAGUUAUUUAUUUUGCGUCACACCUCAUCCUCUCAACAGGAUCUUAACUCCUCAGCACCUGCUUGAUGAGUUGAUCUCAACUCUGCCUGAAAGUGCUCAAAUAAAAUUAAAAAAACUUCAAAAAAAAUGCAAAACCAAUCGUGUUAACUAAGUUGAACAAAGUGCGAUAUUGUUCCUUCAGCGUACUAUUGGUAGAGCCGGGAAUUCUCGAAACCUUCUUCAGGCCUUGGCAUCAACCAUGUCUCAGGGGAAAGACGACACCGAGUGUCAACCUCCUGAAGGACCUCUCAUGUGCACCAACAGUUGUGGUUUCUUCGGAAGUGCAACAACUUUAGGGAUGUGUUCAAAGUGCUACAGGGACUAUGAUUCGACGGAAGCCAAAGAAUCAUCUGCCACUGGUGCUGAAGUAGUGGCAACAUCGUCUGCACCCAGACUCUUAGUCGAACACAGCUUAGAAAGAACAAAAAGCGACGGCUCGUAUUUGGCAGCUCACCUACCUGGUGAUCAAGGUACGUCGACUGAGGUGGGGCCCUCCGCUUCAGGUCAGCACCCAUGCCGCCCACAAGCUUACCGCUGCUUCUUAUGCAAGAAACGAGUGGGACUCACAGGUUUCAAGUGCCGCUGCGGCAACAUCUUCUGCUCUUUGCACCGUUGCUCCGACAAACACAGCUGCUCUUUCGAUUACAAAACAGCUGGGCGGGAUGCAAUCGCCAAGGCUAACCCUGUAGUGAAAGCAGACAAAUUUGACAAGAUUUAACUUCAGUAUAUAUACAUACACACACAGAAAUAUAUACAUAUAUAUGGAUAUAUAUACAUCUAGACUGGAAGAUUACUGAGCUUGUGGAGGAGGGCAACACAUGCAACCUCUAGGUCGCUAGGUAGAGGUAUAAAUCUAGCAGCUCGAGAGGUUUGCUUCACAGCAUCAACACAGACUGCGAAAUUGUGACGUUAAUGUUUGAAAAAGUUAAGAAGGAAGCAGAUAUGUAGUAGAUUUGUAUAACAUGAGCUACUGGUCUUCCCUUAUUUUUCCUUUUCCUCUGAUUGGGUUGAUAAACCUGCUUAAAAUUCUUCGGUUUAAGAUGGAGUUUGUAUCUGUUCUGCUUCUAUAUUAGGCUGGUAACUAAAUUUGCAUUGACUUUGUGCAAGGACUUAGUAUUGGGCAGUA